AUGGACGCACGCGAGGAGUCAGCCGACUCUCCCGAGUCGUCGGCCACGACCAGAACCCCGGCGCCCACCGUGUCGCCGGUGUCCCCCGAACUGCCCGUCUCUCCGAAACAUGUCGCGGAAUCGCCGGGCAAGAGCUUGUGGGAGCAGAUCUGCGAGGAGUAUGAAGCUGAGCUGCCUCUCCCUCCAGAGAGGUAUAAAGUCAAACAAGAAGCCCUGAUCGAUGUUUCCCCAGUGACAGAACCCAUUUUUCACGGCUUCAACAGAGAGCACUUCUUCUCAAUUCCACAUUACACCAUGUUCUCUCAGGCCCCUAGUCCUGAAGUGAAGACGAAAACAAUAGACCCCAAAACAUGUUCCCCCAAAGACUACUUGGAAACGUUCAUCUUUCCGGUCCUGCUUCCUGGAAUGGCUCAGCUGCUUCACCAGGCAAAGAUCGAAAAAUGUUUUGAGCGGAAAAGAACGAAAUUCAUCGCCUGCGAUUUUCUGACGGAGUGGUUAUACAAUCAGAAUCAAAAGAGGAGAGACGAGCCGUUCACGGAAUUCUUCUCCAUUCCGUUCGUGGCCGAGUGGCUAGCGGAUCACCCCCGGCCACCAAUCCCGCUGUCGCUUCUGCUGACGGAAGAGAAAGCAGCACUUCUCAUUCAGUCCUUCUGGAGAGGCUAUCUGGCUCGCUGCAGCCCGGAGAUCCAAGAACUACGUCAGUGGCAGAAGAAACUUAGUGAAAACGAGCACAUUCACCAGCGAGUCAGAGGUUUCUGGAGCAAACAAGAACAAAAAGUGAAAUGCACAAUGGAGGACGAUGACGAGGUGGACGCCCCGAAGAACCCACCGCAGUAA